GUAUGUCAUUCUCGUACUUUACGGUAAUUCAUUCUGUUCAAUAAUCACAUCAGGAAUAACAAUUUCAGUCGCAUAUAAUAACACACACUUUAAUAUAAAAUUUAAGAGUUUAAAAAAUAUAUGAAGCGUGGAGCACAUUUGCUUUAUCAAACAUGAUAAUAAAUAAGAGCUUUAAGAAAAUGCAUCAACAUUUUCCUCUUCAUGUUACUAAAAAAUCGAAAAAUAUGUUAGUUCUAGUCUAGUGAUUGAUUUAUCUUUAAAUAUUUGUACUUACAAAUAGGUGAUGUAAGAUUGAUUUUGAAAACGCAUUACACUAAAACUAAACUUGACGUUGUACUCAACGAAUGAGAAUACAAAAUGGGAAACAGAAGAAAAGUUCGAAAGUUUCAUGUGUAAAGCAUCAAGCAAACUGAAGAAUGUGCUCGCAGUUGCGCCUGCGUUAAACGAAAAAUAAACGCAAGCAUUUUCUUUACAUAUUUAAAUAAUAAAAAAACUAUAGUGCUAUAUGUAUGUGUGUGUGUGCGGCAAUUUAUGUUAUUAUAGUUGCGUUUAUGAUAAUACGUUCUUUUUCUGCUACCGCUCUAGAAAAUUGAUCAAUUGUCCCUCAUUAUCACUUAUUUCGAUUUUAUAUCGCUUAGAGGUAACUAUAGAAAAAAUUGUCUGCACGCGAGGGGUGAUUCCUCCCCUUAGGGAGGGUGAAAAUAAUCUUUCUCGUAUACGGAAUAUAGUCAUGUCUCUGCCAAAGUGUGAGAUGGACUUCGCUGGAGAACGAUACUACAGGUUCAACAAGAUUCUUCUGAAUUGUUUCGGAUUAUGGCCAUCGCAGACAAGACGCGUAAAAAUUCUGUUUGUAUUCUUCAGCGCCAUAUUCUUCUCCUUUAUUUUUGUGCAGUUCUCUGCGUUAGUCACUUCAAAGCGUGAUCUAGAUCUGGUUCUUAAAGUUCUUUCCCAUGUCUUGCCUGUUCUCAUCUAUACUAUGAACUACAAUGCUUACUACUUUAAUGCCAAGAAAGUCAAGCUGAUGAUGACUGAAGUAUGCAACGAUUGGAACGCAUUAGAUGACAAGAGAGAAAUUGAGAUAAUUGAAAAAUAUACUUACUUCAUGAAUAUCUAUACGAUUAGUAUUAUGGUAUUCCUCUGUAUCUGCAUGGUACUCUUCGUUUUUCUGGAAAUUUGGCCUAUUAUGCUCGAUUUUGUUGUACCAUUGAAUGAAUCUCGACCACGUAAGAUGCACGUGGUAGCGGAAUAUUUUAUCGACCGUGAAAAAUAUUUUCCUUUCAUGCUGUUACACGAAAUAGUAGCGUGUUUAGUAGGAGGCGUAACACUUUUAAGUACUGGAACGAUAUGUAUGAUUUAUGCUAGUCAUGUCUGUGGCAUGCUAAAGAUCGUCAGUUUCCGCAUAGAACAUGCAUUAGGAAAAAACGUACUGCAACAUUCCACCUCUCAGGUAGAACGAAUAAUAUGCGGCAGAAUAGUUCGUGCUGUAGAGUUACAUCGAAAAAUUCUGAAAUUCUUUGAUUUUAUGAUAUCAACUUUUGUAGUACCAUUUGGUAUAUUAAUUGUUAUUGGAGUUACCUCUGCAACCGUUAAUUUAUAUCGCCUUCUUCAACCGAGUACCAUGAAAAACAUAUCAGAGUUCACUUCAUCUCUCAUGCUUCUAAUUAUGCAUUUUCUUUAUAUGUUUGUGGCGAAUUUUAUCGGACAAAUAAUAACGGAUCAUAGUACUGAUAUUUAUAAUACAACGUGCAAUGUAUUAUGGUAUGUUGCUCCACUGUCGUCACAAAAAAUAUUAUUAUUUUUAAUGCAUAGGACUAUGAAAAGCGUAAAACCAACUAUUGGCAAUCUGUUUGUGGCAUCAUUAGAAGGUUUUGCCACGCUCUCUACCACAUCGCUAUCUUACUUCACGAUGCUUUAUUCUCUACAAUAAUAGGAGAUAAAAUCAGAAAUACUAGUAGUCAUCAUGCUGACAUGCUGAUAUGUAACGUCACAAAUAUGAUUUAACAGUAAUAAUGUAUUAGAAAUUAUCAAGUAUAAACUUAUGUAAAUAAUAUUGAGAUUUUUUAAUACUUUUAUUAAAAAUGUCGUAAUUAUUUAUAUGUUAUUUAUAUAGCACUGUAGAUACAAUAUUAUCAGUAAGACAUCAUCUUAUUAGACAUUGUAUUAACGAUUUCUUAAAGCUGUAUAAGUUUUGUACAAAGAUGAUUUUUAAUUCUGACAAUAAACAUUUCACUUGC